AUGAUUUUAACCUCUGAACAAAGAGCUGUUGUAGAGGGCGAGACUAAAGGAUCAAUAACCAACAACAGAUGGCCAAAUGGUGUUAUGGUUUACCAGAUCGAAAGUUCUCUAUGUAAGUAUUAGCUGGUGGGCAUCUUUUUGCAUUUAAGAACGAUAGUGACAUUUCCAAGUGUUUUAAAUGUGCAGUUGUUCAAAGUGAAUCCGCAAUGAUGAAUUGCCCGCCGAUUACUAAUGAUUUCUAGUGUCUUGCAAUUAAGCGUUCUCAAUAUCCCCCGUAGCAUUUGGUAACAUGUGUUUUCACUGAAUCGCUCGUGAUAUGGUAAAUCAAAGAAAACGAAGGGCUCUGGAAACGAGAAGUCUAAGGUCUAUGACGUAUUUCCAUUUCCGGUACUUGAGCCAAACCAAAAAAAUUCGAGUUUCUUUCUGCAGAAUGUUCUUGCCCAGGCUUCUGGCGGAUUUAAAGUUAAGGAUGCGUUCUCCUGACAUCGAACGCAACCAUUAUAAUGUGAACGAUUAACUAAUUAACUGACAGAGUAAAUGCUGAAGAAGAUAUGCACAAAUGAAAAAAAACCAAGGAAAUUGAAGCAGACUGCAGUCGAUCUUUUCAAAGGUUAUCUCUGUCAUUUGUAACUAAACAAAUGAUGCUUUAGGAACAACGCAAUUUGUCAUGAAGCUCUGAGUUCUUCACUAUCGUGUCGUGCACAGUAAUUUUCAAGGAGUUACAAUAACUCCUCUAGUGGGGCUAAUUUAACUUCUUACAGUGGAUUUAUUUUUUGAGGAGUUAUUUUAACUCCAAAGAGGAUUUUAAAGAACUCUUUUUCAGGAGUAAAAGUGACCCCAGAUAUUGAGGAGUUAAAAUAACCCCAAAACAGGAGUUAUCCUGUACCUAAAAUUUUUACUCCACUUUCAGAUUUAAAUUAACUCCAAAAAGAGUAAAAACAACCUAUGUAAGGAGUAAAAGUAACCCCAUUUCGGAGUUACUUUAAUGCCAGACUGGGAGUAAAAAUAACUCUUUUUCAGGAGUAAAAAUUGGCCCCAAAUUCGGAGUUAAAUUAGGAGUUAAAUUAAUCCGAAAAAGGGGGUUAUCCUGUACCUAAAAUGUUUACUCCGUUUUUGGAGUUAUAAUAACUUCCUAAAAAUUACGGUGUACAUUAUAGAAUAACACGUGAACUAUAUACCGUGGUCCACAGCUGAGAAAAAACAAGCCAUUUAGGUCUUUUUCUUUACAGCUCAGUUAAAUUCUAGUAGUUUAAUUCUUGUAAAUUUUUGUACAUUUAGCAUCAUCAAGUCGGGCGAUGGCAGCCAUUAAUGCAGGCAUGGCGGAGUGGACCCAGCAGACUUGUAUUAAGUUUAAAAAGAGAACCAAUGAAGCAGCCUAUGUGUCCUUUUUUAAGGGCUCGGGGUAAGUGUUAUUAAUAGAGAGAUUUAAGAGACGGCUUAGUGGUGAGGUGAGUGGUUAGACCGCUAGGGUUGACACAACAAGGAAAUUGGGUGAUAAAAUUGUCCAAAAUAAUUAUUUAGGUUAAACUUAACCUGAACUAUACUAAAUAUUUUGUGCUGAUAUACUGAACAGUACACUACAAGAAAAGGGAAACUUGGUUACGAGGUAAAAUUUGCCUUAAUCUUGAUAUGAAAGUUCCCUAUGACCCCUAUGUAUGCAUCAGUCACAUGUAUGGAAAAGAAGAACAUCAGGUUGUAACUAGUGUUCAGAAUAUGAGGCAUAAAACACAAACAAUUAAAAAGUUUUAAAAUAUAUUUGUAAAAUAUCUUUCUGUAUUUCAGCUGCUGGUCUUACGUUGGAAGAACUGGACGAAAACAACAAUUAUCGCUUGCCAGUGGUUGCUGGAAUAGAGGGAUAGUUGCUCACGAGAUUGGUGAGAUUAGAUGUGAAUUGACGUAUUUUUUUAUUUCAUCAAAUCUUUGUGGAUCUGGGAUUUGAACAAAAUUUAGUAGUAAUGAUUCUAGUACUUCUAUGAUCAUGUAUGAUCAAUCUAUUUAUUUGAAGAACUUCUUUUCAUAUUAUUAAAUUAUUAAACUAUUCAAAACAGACUAGCUUUACAAGACACUUUUAAUUUUUAUGUCAAUUUGUUUUACCUCAAACUUCUGUAUUUACAACUAUAAAAACAAUUACAAAAUAGGACUCAUGAAUGGUGUCGUCACGGCGUAGUGUCUUAGCUAUAAUAGCACUAUGACAAAGGCAGAAGUUUCACUGAAAUGAAACAUUGACCUUAAAUUGCUUAAAGUGGCAUUCCUCGACUGUGCGGUCAAUGAAAACUGCUGAAGUGAUGAUUUAGGGAGGGGUAUUUGCCCUCUUCUUUGUUCCCACCUCGGGUCAUUUGGCAGCUUAUGUGUCUCAGAGCCCGGGAAUUUGUCAUUCAAAGCCAAAACAUUAAAUGCUAAUGCCCGGAGGUUAGGCCAUGAGGCAUGGGCGCAGCUGGAGUUGACUGAUGCAUAAUUAUGAACUAAGGUCUCUUGUCUUAUGGUUGUGCGCAUGCGUAAGGUACUAGCCAUACCGCUGAGUUGGUACGUAUCCCUCAGUGCAUAAUUUGGACUAGGUUGUCUCUUGUCUUAAACAGGUAAAAUAAGUAAUGUUUGCAUUAAUUAAACAGGGGGGCCUUUAUGUCCCUCGACCAAUUAAUCCCCCCCCCCCUCGAGGGAGUUAAUGAAUCCUGUGCAGUUUCAAAUGCAUUAUGCCACUUAAAUGAGUUUGGAGGUCUUUACUUAAACGUCCCUAAAGUGCCCCCCCCCCCUCCAACGGGAGUUAAUGUACCCUGUAGCAUGUCCAGUUUCAAAUGCGUUAUUAAUGAUUCCUGUAGCGAGUCGAGUACAUAUAUCAAAGAAGCUAAGUAAGUGAUUAUUUUUUUUUCGCAGGGCAUGCGUUGGGAAUGUUUCACGAGCAGUCCAGACCGGACAGGGAUAGCUAUGUCACUAUCAAAUAUGAAAAUAUCAUAGAAUGUGAGUAAAUUACUACUACUACUACUACUACUACUACUACUACUACUACUACUACCACUACCACUACCACUACCACUACCACUACCACUACCACUACCACUACCACUACCACUACCACUACCACUACCACUACCACUACCACUUCCACUACCACUACCACUACCACUACCACUACCACUACCACUACCACUACCACUACCACUACCUCUACCACUAGCACUAGCACUAGCACUAGCACUACCACUACCACUACCACUACCACUAUACCACUACCACUACUACUACUACUUACUACUGCUGUAAUGAUAAUGAUAAUGAUAAUGAUAUUAAUAAUGAUAAUGACGAUGGAUAAACAUUAUUUAGCGAAGAAAUUUUGUCUUUACAUUUUUUCUAUAUGGCAUCGUAAACACCUAGAGUGUAAACACUGAAAAGCACAGAAACCAGAAAGCUCUGUCAUCCAUUUACAGUCUGAUAACGAAGUACUUUUCUUAAAAAUAUGUCUUAUGUAUUUUUCACGACAGCUGCAAAAAGCAAUUUUAGGAAACUGGGUUCCAAUGUAAUCAACUCUUUGGGAACACCUUACGAUUAUGCAUCCGUGAUGCAUUAUGGAGAGAAAUACUUUUCUAAGAAUGGCAAGCCCACCAUAGUGACAAAGAAAGCUGGGGUAAGUUUAUUGAAAUAAAAGGAAAAUUUUUAAAACUAUUUCACUUGGUUUAAUUGAAGUCCUCAGUUUAGUUUAGAUAUCCAGGAUUCAGUUUUUAUACUUCGUUCGCCCUUUUCUUUCUUUUUUUUUUUCUUUUUUUUUUCGUUCGCCCUUUUUGCUUCUCACCGGUGAUGAAAGAGAAUACCUCUGGCAUUCAAGGGUAAGAAAAAAUUACUCUGUCGUCGAAAUAUUUCAAAGACACCAAGUUUGCCUGGCUGCCCAAUGUAAUCUUUUACUGAGUUUGAGAACAAAGCACAGUUUACAGGGUUAAGGGGCAAAAUAACUUCUUACCAUCAGUUUUGUGGAGAAACAAAGUAACGAUGAAUUGGUUUCAGAGUAAUCCUUCAUAGUUAGAUAGCCCACGUUCGAUAUAUAGAAAUUCUAACAUGAGUCCGAGGCUUUCUGAUCAUAUUUUUAUAUUACUCCCCGGGGCUAAGAAUCGGCUAGAUUGUCAGUCGUUUUCCUUGGAUCCCUUUCUAAUUUCUAUUAUCGGCAAUUCUAAAGGAAGGGCUAAUUAUUAUCCGAGGCAAAAUUCCACGAUCUUUGACGCCGUUGAGAAUAUCACCGAUCCUUUUUUCUUUAGGUUUCUAUCGGAAAUCGUAAAGGAAUCAGCCCAAUUGAUGCCGAACAAAUGAGGCGGAUGUAUAAAUGCUCCACAGGGCCUGGUAAGAUUGCAUUUUUCAAUUUUGAGGGGGACUGCAAAUAACUUCUAGCACUAACUGAAGAGUCUCCUCUUUUUAUAGUCAAACCAGUCUACUCUGUUUUAUUAGGCGACCACUUCAAUUCUGUAGGUAAGAGUGAAGUGGACGCGGCUUAGGAAAACAAAAGCAAAGCACAAGCACUACUUAUUAAUAAUAACAACUCUCACCAUGAACACGUCUGUAAUUUAUGUACAUUUCAGCAACUCCAUCCCCACCAACCCCACCACCGACGACUGGAGGUCCACUUCCUCCUCAAGGUAAGAUUAGUGUAACAAUUAAUUUAUGGUAUUGAAAAUUCUAUUCUGCAAUUGUUUUCUUUUAACAUUUGCUAACAUAUGUCUAAACACACAGUAUUAGUGCAAUUUAAUUAGAUUAACCAUAAAGCACAAAUGGUGCAAUUUUGGAUUGUAGUAACCAACUUCCCGCCCGCUGGAAAACCAGCUGUGAAGUCGCCGAGGAGCGCAAAAUCUUGAAAAUGACAGUUUUAGGAAUACCUCAAAUUCUUCAACAAAGGGAAAAAAUUCGAAGGAUCCGUUCUUCUUCGUCGAUCGCAAUGUUGUACUCCUGAAUAGUUAAGGCCAAAUAAAAUGAAAAAUGUCCACGCCCGCUUCAUUUCUAGGGCCGCCUCUUUAUAUUUAUUAUUUGUUCUGGCAAAAAAGUUGAAAUGAACAAAAACCUACUUGCGUUACUAUCAACGCCAAUUAUUGUAUACUUCACGUAACAGACCUUACAUUUUCACUUUAAACAAAGCAUCUAAAUUUCAUAGUUUCAGUUCUCAGAUUUUGCUUCAGUCGCAGAAACAGAUUAUACCCUGAGUUCCGCCGCUUCGCUUUUUUUUUCACUCAUCAGCAUUCUUUGGUUGGUUUUUGCAGGAUGCUCUUUUGACAGUGGAUUGUGUCCCGGUAUGUCUCAGUCUACCGCUGAUAAGUUUGACUGGAGGCUCAGAAGUGGCACCACGCCUUCUAGUGGAACCGGUCCCUCUUCUGGGAAUGGCGGGAAAGGUAAGUUAACCAACUUGAAGUUACAUCUCAGCGCGUCUUCUGAUUUUCUACAGUAGCGCUCGUUUUCUCUAUGAUUUAAAUUACUAUGAUUAUGCUUUGCUCGAAAUAAAUGUGCGGAAAAUUUUGUAAAAUUUGAACUCUCCUAUCUUUACUUUACCAUGGUCGAUUUGUAUUUAUUUGUACAAAGAACAGAGAAAGGAGAACGGAGAAACUUUAUUAAGGACGGAGGAGCUGUGUAAAUAGAUAACUAAUUUUACAAGAGUGGACUUUCUCUUGAUAUUAUUCUGCAAGACUUUCUUUGACGCACCUUUCGUGCACGCAAUCCCAUACAUAUUUGACCACUGUUUUCACGCCUUUUCAGUUCUAUCCUUUUCAUGCUUUUCAACUUUAAAAAAGCGGUGUUCGGAGCCAUAGAAUAAAGAUGAAUAUUUGAAGAUUUGUAUGUCUGUAGAUGGUUAACCAAAUCGUCGUGUUCUCUAUGCAUCAUUCAUAAUUUUAUUGUUAUUUUUUCGUUGUACUGCAGGGUCCUACAUCUACUUCGAAACCUCUUCUCCCGCUGUAUCACGUGACAACGCUAAGCUUUUACUCACUGUUCCCGGGGGAGCUGCUUGUCUCGUUUUCUAUUAUCAUAUGUUUGGAUCAGGAAUUGCAGGGUCCUACAUCUACUUCGAAACCUCUUCUCCCGCUGUAUCACGUGACAACGCUAAGCUUUUACUCACUGUUCCCGGGGGAGCUGCUUGUCUCGUUUUCUAUUAUCAUAUGUUUGGAUCAGGAAUGGGUACGCUGAAUGUUUUCGAUGGAAGCACCAACAUUUUUACCAAGACUGGUAACAAAGGGAAUGCCUGGCAUAAAGCUGAAGUAACUGUCAACUCGAAAAAAGUGAGUGCAUUUUUGUCUUGACGGUUGAACGAACUUAACUGUGACUGGUGCGCCCGAAUUUCACUCUGAUCAGUACUUACUUAUUACCUGUUAACUUUGAGCCAGGGGUGGGGCUCUUUCUCUUAUUUGGUUUGCAAAGCCUUAAGUUUCGAUACUUAACGUCUUGAACAAGGUGUGAUUCGGCCCCGGAAUCCUUUAAAAGAGUGUGAAGAUCUGCGAUGAGCAUUUUAAUCAUUAAAUUUUAAAUUUAUUUCGCACAAAUCUAAUUUUCUUUGUCUUGCUUAAGAAAGAAUUUAGGUCACAUCAAAUUCUACUUUCUAUGUCAAUUUAAAUCUUUUAAUUUGUUUUGUUGAUUUGUGUUGGAUUUAGCUAACUUUUGAGGGAAUCAAAGGAACGUCCUGGCGAUCAGAUAUUGCAAUUGACGAUGUUUCCGUAAAACCCGGAAGCUGUGGAGGAGGGCCAUUACCACCGACACCACCACCCCCAAGCACUCCACCUCCACCCUCCCCAGGACCAGGUUUGUACCUAAACGUUAUGCUAAUAAAAAGAAAAAUCUGUCUUUGAAAAUAGUGGAUAAUUGAGGA